UGGGGAGAGAGGAAAAAAAAGCGAUGUGACGAAUGCGAUUUGUCAACGUAAUCGAUUUUGGCGGUCUCGAUCUGCUGUCUUGUUUCUGCAAAAACAAGUGAACAAAUAAACUUUAUGAUAGAUAGUAUUUCCCACGGAUCUGAGACUUUCCCCAAAUUCGCCCUAGAAGUAGAUAUAUUUUCAGACAAGAUUUUAUUUUCUGUCUUUUUCCUUUUUCAAGUUCUGUUCUUCAUGCCCUCGUCUUGAACCUAGGCUGUUCAUUUCCUCUGAUUCGUGCUUUUGUCCUCUAAAUCCGAUGCGAUCUCACCCUUAAUCGAUGACCCUGAUCUCUGAUUGCUAAAAGUUUCAUAUUUUUGCUCAUCGAAUUUGGAAUUUCGAUCUCUCCCUCUCUCUCUCUCUCUUCUACCUUAGAUUUAGGUUAUUGGUUUUGCUUGGCUCUUCCAUUCACCUUAAUCUAAUGAAAUUCCGGGUCUUCGUACUCCUUCUCUGUGCGAUAGCUGGGUCAUGCUUACCUUCCGUGUUCGCCUCGUCCCGGCCGGAUGUUUGUGAUCACGAGUUCGAGGUGUUCCGAAGCCGAAUCGAGGGAAAAUGUCAUCAUUCUCUGUAUCCAAGGCCUCCUGUAGAGGUAGAUGGAGACUUGCUAGACAGACUCAUUAAUACAAACCAUGGAAAUGCUUAUACAUCCAUACUAUUUUAUGCUUCGUGGUGCCCGUUUUCACGUGCAGUUCGCCCAAAGUUUGAUGUUCUGAGUGCAAUGUUUCCUCACAUAGGGCACCUGAUUGUUGAGCAAUCCCAGGCUUUACCAUCUGUCUUUUCUAGGUAUGGUAUCCAUAGCUUGCCUUCAAUUCUGAUGGUGAAUCAAACAUUGAAGAUGCGAUACCAUGGUCAAAAGGAUCUUGCGUCCCUAAUUCUGUUUUACGAAGAAACAACAGGUCUUAAACCUGUCCAGUAUGUGGACGAAGGUGAACCAACAAGCUUAGAAGCCGAUGGGAACCUGAUCGCAUGGCUACACAACGGGUCGUCUAUCAGAGAAAUAGCGGAAAGAGAGCCAUAUUUGGUACUUGCACUGAUGUUUCUGUUUUUGAAACUGGCAAUAUUGGUCUUCCCCAUCAUGGCAUCGCGCUUGAAAACGUUGUGGACAUCCUAUAUUCCGCAUCUGAGCUUGGGAAUACUCGGUGAGACCAGCCAACUGUUUGGACGUGCCCUGCACAUGAUCGAUGUGAGGAGGCUAUGGAUUAAACUGCGACUCACAAAAACUAGGAACUUCCAAGAAAGAGCAAAGAACGCGCUUGCAUCAGUCUCGCUAGGAAAAUCUACAUCACAAUCAGCCUAAAGGGUGAUUCCAAAAUCCUUCACUGUCGAUGAGCUUAAUUAGUUAGAUGACUUUACUUUCUGUGGACAUGUUUCGAUAACUUUGGAGUUCCUCCUGUCUCUGUAUGUAAAUCCUGUUUUGCUUCCUUUGUGAAUAGUUUUCUUCCUUUUUUGAAUAUUCUUGUUCUGGGUCCACUUCGUUUUGCAUACGUUUUGUCUAUAUUGAUUAUGAACGGUUUGGUUUAAUUGGUA